GGAACAUAGAAAUGAAAAAUUAAUAUGGGCUGUCAAAGAUAUCUAGUAUUCUUCGAUUCAAUUUUAAAAUGGUGAAGAAUUGUUGUUGUUGUUGUUUGUCUCGUUCUCUUUCAGUUAAAAAAGAGAAUUUUGGGCUCGCAAUGGUGAAGAAGUAAAGCAAAGAGUGCUGUGUUGUGGCUAAAGUAGAGUAGAAUAUGAUGUAGGAAGAACCGAAAACCUCAAACAGAAAGAUGGACAAAUACGAACACGUGAUGCUAGUAGGGGAGGGGAGCUACGGGGUAGUUAUGAAAUGUCGCCAUAAAGAACUGAACCAGAUGGUUGCCAUAAAAAAAUUCUUGGAAACCGAGGAAGAUGCCACCAUAAGAAAAAUGGCGCUGAGGGAAAUCAGGAUGUUGAGAAGACUGAGGCACGAAAACCUGGUGGCCAUCAUAGAAGUUUUCAGGUAUAGGAAACGGUUUUAUCUAGUGUUUGAAUAUCUGAACGGGACCAUUCUGGAUGAGCUGGAGAAGAUGCAGGGUGGACUAGGAGACGAACAGUGCAGGGAGAGGCUGUAUCAGAUCGUCAGGGCUAUAAGUUACUGUCAUUCGAAUCAGAUCAUACACAGGGACGUCAAACCUGAAAAUGUGCUGGUAUCGACAAACGGGGUGGUGAAAUUGUGCGAUUUCGGCUUUGCAAGACUGGCGACUAACACAAAUGAACCUUUGACUGACUACGUGGCCACAAGAUGGUACAGGGCCCCAGAACUGCUGGUAGGAGAUCAGGGAUAUGGUACGGGCGUGGACAUUUGGGCCAUAGGAUGCCUGUUCGCAGAAAUGAUGACAGGAGAACCUCUUUUUCCGGGAGAAAGCGACAUAGAUCAACUUUUUCUAAUAGUGAAGAUGAUAGGUAAACCGUGUCCGAAGCACCUGCAGCUGAUGACGAAGAGCUCCGCUCUGAGAGAGAUCAAGGCUGCCACCCCCCAAUCAGGUAACACCCUGCACAGUAACUUCGAGGAUUGGCCCAGGACUACCUUGGACAUCCUCAUCUCCUGUCUGAAGAUGGACCCCAGCCAGAGGGCCAGCGCGGAAGACCUCCUCAGGCACAACUACUUCACCCACGACAACUUCCCACAGAUAUUCGUGCCAGCCUUGAGGGACAAAGUCCUAGUGGAAUACAACGGCAAUCCUCUCCUCAGGAAGGUAAAAGCAGAGAUCCUGCAUUCUACCGAUCGACACGACGAGCAAAGAGUCAGAAAACCUUCAUCCAACGAGCCUUGCAGGUGGAAGUUCCACUUCACCACCAACGAACCCUUCGGCCCCACCAAAAGGAAACAGCAGGAGGUCUACGAGAACUCCACGGAUAGAAGUCAGAGGUCCAACCACAAAUCGACGCCCAAGGUGUCCGUCAACAAACUGAAAGAGAAAAACAGCGUCCCCAAACAGACGUACAGCGUGGACUUCCAGAAUGGCAACAACGCGGCCGAAAUGUACAUGCUCGAGAAGUCUCUGGAGUCUUUGGCCAGGUUGAGCCAGAAGUACGACUACCAAAGGUCGGACUCUCCGCUGAAGGAGUUGGCGAAUGACAAUAAGCUGAACACCUUCAGGGACUACACGACGGCUCCUUCGACUCAAAAUCUUUCCUUAGGACAGACCUUGAACUACAAGGAGCAACUAAUGACGAAGAAAUCGCCGCUUUACCCAGCCAAGACCACGGUCAGCCAAAUCUCCCUAACUGGCUACGGUGGUGGUAAAAAUCAAUUCGGCAAAAAGGACCAACAGUCUCUAUUCGCCUCUAACACGUGGAUAGACAGUGAGAGCAGGAGGACACAAAGGAGGGAAUCACGUGGAGAUUUUACCCUACCAAAUUUACCUGGAGCAACUGCGACGCCCAACAAGAUGAAGAAGAAGAAUUUUCCAGAGGCGGACUCCCUACAAUCAGACACCGUCACCCCUAGGCUAAAUUCGUCUAAAUCGCAGAAAUCUCCGACAACUAAACAUCCCACUUAACGCAGGCUUCCCGCGGGAUACACGGGAUUCGGAUCGGGUCGCCUUGGUGGCCGACGCAGAUGAAAUUGUAGUUUUAAGUGUUUUUUUUUUUAGAUCGGAACUUGUCACAGACGGGUGGGAAUUUUGAGACUGGACUUUUCAAAUGGGAACGAUUAGUUAGUGUCCUUGUGAACAUUGAUGUUUCUCUGUUUUAGGCGUACAGAUAUUCGAAGGCUAAGAGGAGAUACAAUGGUUCUACGAAAGUUGACGAAGGUUUUGGUUUUGAUAUUGUAUAGGACUAAAGCAUUGCUUUUAAUUUAUUGUGAACCUAUUGAUAAAAGUAUAUUUUUGA